UUUAUAAAUGAAAAGAUGAUUUCCAACGACAAUCUAAUAAAUAGGGAAGAACAACAACCAAUGACAAUUACAAGUGUGCAUUAUGUUGAAGAUAUGGAUGGAGAUGUUGAUAAAAAUAGAAAGAAUCAAUCCAAGAAACUCAAAACUUGUGGACAACAACAAUCUGAUAAAUUAAAUAAUGAGGCAAUAAACACAAAUACCAAUUCUGGUGUUAAACGUAGUCCUUUUGGAAUAUUGUCUAGAGCAAAUCGAUUAUUAAUUAUGUUGGGAAUGACUUUCUUUUAUUUUUUAAUCGAGCUUGUUUUUGGUUAUGUAUCUCAUUCAAUGGCAUUAAUUGCUGAUUCUUUUCAUAUGAUGAGUGAUGUUAUGGCAUUAACUAUUGCUUUUGGAUGUUUAAAGAUUGCCGAACGUAGUAGAAGUGCUAAAAAUACAUUUGGAUGGGUUAGGGCUGAAGUUCUGGGUGCUUUGGUGAAUGGAGUAUUUCUUUUAGCUCUUUGUUUUACUAUUUUUAUCGAGUCGAUUCAACGCCUUCUAGAGCCCGAACCAAUUAAAAAUCCAUUAUAUGUGUUGAUUGUUGGGGUUAUUGGUUUUUUAAUAAAUUUAAUUGGGAUGGUUAUGUUUCAUGGACAUAUUGGGCAUUCUCACGGUUCUCAUGGAGUUGAAGAUAUUGCCAAAUCAACACUUUUAGACAAAGAUUGUGGAACUAUUGAUGGGACAGAGUCUAAACAUUUAUUACAUUCACAUCAAGAUAGAGCUAUGGUAAUGGCUGAAUUGGAAGCGGUUGAAGAAUCUUUAAUGAUGCAUACUCCAAAAUUAAAAAAUAAUUCGAGAGGAGGGGACUUUUUAAAUAUGAGAGCAGUUUUUCUUCAUGUUUUAAGUGAUGCUGUUGGUUCAGUUAUUGUUAUUGCAACAGCACUCGUUUCUUGUAUUUUGCUUGUUUUGUUAAUGGUUUGUACAACGGUGCCUUUGGUCAGAGAAACUGCACUUAUUUUAUUACAAACAACACCAAAAUUUGUUAAUAUUGAUCAAUUACAAAAAGAACUUUUAAAUGGCAUUGUUGCUGUCCACGAAUUUCAUGUUUGGCGUUUAGUUGGUGAAUGUAUUAUUGCUACUGUCCAUAUCCGUUUUCGUACUUUAAAGCAUUAUAUAUUGGCUGCUGAACAAAUUCGUUCACUUUUUCAUGAUAAUCACAUUCAUUCGACAACAAUACAACCAGAAUUUGCUGAAGUAAAAUUAAAGAAUUAUUUUGUUUUUAAAAAAUAA